UGCCUGGGGUCACCUGACGAUUAGGAUCACAACAGCCUUUUGGCUACGGAAGAACUAAGGUAAGGCCAGGCAGCCUCCGACUCCAUACGGAGUGCUAAAAUGCGGACCUGCGCAACACGAGUCUGGUUUACCGAGUAUUACUUUUUUUUUUUUUCUUUUCUCAUUAUUGACACGCCCCUUCAUGGGUUGGUUCAUGUGCGCCCUCUCCUCACAUCCCGCGUUGCGAGCCUCUUGUGUACAGUCAUCAUUCCCGUGAACCUACCAUGCCAUGUAUAUUAGUGAAUUGCUGUGGACAUCAACUUAACAGCACAAGUUUUAUCCU